ACGUAUUUAUAAAAAUUAAAAUUUUAUUUAAUAACUUAAGUAAUAUGAAAAAAUAACAAAAGAGUAGAAAGAAUUUUUGGAACAGCCUGUAGAAUUAACUACUUUCAGAAAAAGCUAGUAAGCGUAAAUAGUAUCAUCCUCGCGCUGUUCGGUUUGUCGGACGUGUGUGUGCUUAGAAAUAAGAAAACAAAAAAAUGACACACAAUAACAGUAUUGAAGAUAACAAUACUUACUCGUCGUAUGGAAUUGGCCUGUCGUUUUAUGACGAGAAAAUUACUUAUGAAGAAAAAGCUUUAAUUAAAAUUUUACUUAGUGUUUUCCUCGCAACCGCAAUGGUAAUCAGUUUGAUAGGAAAUAUUUGCAUUUGUGCGGUAAUCGCUCGCGAUAAGAAUAUGAGAACUCCUACCAACUUCUACCUUCUCAAUCUUGCGAUAACAGAUCUCACGAUAACCGUCUUUGUUCCCGUCGAAAUAUACAUAAUUUGGGUACCAGAUUUUUAUCCAUUGGGGAAGGAAGGAUGCCGCAUACAUUUCUUACUGUGGGAUAUGGGAAGCAAUUGCAGUGUACUGACUAUAACUGCGAUAACAAUCGAGCGCUAUCUGGUUAUCUCGAAGCCGUUUCUGCGACAAAGACUCGUCUUAAACUCGCGCGUCUUGAAGAUAGUCACUAUUAUAUGGAUGGUCUCGUGUUUUUUCGCUUUCCCCAGUGUCCUCUUUGUUUAUUUCGUCGAACGAAAACAAAAUGUUUAUUGUUUUUUCACUGUUUCCGAUAAAGAUAAAGCAUAUCUAGUAGCAGCGGAGUUGUUAGUUUUUUUCGUUCUACCAAUGACAGUGAUAUUCGUUCUCUAUCUGAUGAUGGUGCUAAAGCUUAAGUCGACUAAAUCGAAGUCCAGACCUAACCCAGUAUCCGGAAAAAAGAAUAGAGACAAAGCUGUCAAGAUGUUGGCUGCGGUGGCUGCUUCGUUUUUUAUUUGUUGGUCACCAUACUCAAUUUUACGUCUCAUGAUAGUUAUUCCGAAUAUGAAAUAUGAGAAUCAUCAUACGCUUUGGCGAGUAUUGAUAUACCUGAGCUCUAUAAACAGUUACCUGUCAACAGCAGUUAAUCCUAUAUUGUACACACUUAUGUCACAAAAAUUUGGACAGGCUUUUAAGAUCGGGAUGGUUGGCGUUCUAUGGGGGAGGCUUUCGUCCAGCAGUGGACGGCAAAAGGCUGAAAAAAAAAUUAACAUAAGAAGGCAAACGAUUCCCCGCCUCUUGGAUUUACUGAAAGGAAGAAAUAUAUCAAAUCAAACAAAUGCAAAAGCAAACGGACGCCAUAAAUAUCGUCGCGACUGCUUAAAAAUAAAUACAACAUCAAUAUGAUAUUUUACCAAACUCUGAUCUAAUCUGAGAAUAACUCUCUUAUUAUAGAUCUCAUCAUCAUCUUAAGAAUAGAUAAUAAAUUGAAACAAAAUAGAAUAAUGUACUUACAAUGGAACAUUUUGAAGUAAUUAAAAACUGAGAAUAAGAUGCUACCGUCGUCCGUUAGCCAAAUAUUUUUAUCAUUGUUCUAUAUUUAUAAAUUUGUCCCACUCAUGAUUUAUCAAUAAUUAUAUCUGAACAAAAUUCUCUUAAAUUAUAUACCUAUCUUACAAACUAAGCUCAGCAGUUUUUUUGAAAAUGGAAUGUAAUAUUCCGCUUUAGUACCUAAGAUAAGCGUGAACAUAUAAACAAACAAACAGAUGCGGCGGAGAUUUUAAUGUAUUGAUUAGUGCGAAUUUAUAUUAUAAGUACUUACUUAGUUCUCUAAAU